AAACGUGACCCCUUCACUAAUACUCGUCGGACAGUGCAGCAUUUUCGGGACUAUUCUGUUAAUUUAUUUAACUUCACAUCUUGGUCAACACAGAAGGGACAAUGCAAAGUAAUACUGAGGAAAAAAGUUCAAUGUUGGCAGUAUAUGUCGACAAACCUGGAGGUCCUGAGCAGCUCCAUUUGCAAACUGUCCCCAGACCUCAACCUAAACAUGGGGAGGUCCUCAUCAGAGUCCACGCCACUGCUUUAAACAGGGCUGACUUGUUACAGAGAAGAGGCUUGUACCCAGCUCCUCCUGGAGAAAGUGAGAUCUUGGGUCUGGAGGCAGCUGGAAUUAUAACUAGUCUUGGCCCUGGAGUGAAGAAGAGCUGGAGACCAGGAGAUCAGGUUAUGGCCCUGCUGUGUGGGGGGGGAUAUGCAGAGUUUGUAGCAGUGCCUGAAGAACUCCUAAUGCCAGUUCCUAAACAUCUCACGCUUGUUCAAGCAGCAGCAGUGCCAGAGGCCUGGCUUACAGCCUACCAACUGCUACACUUCAUAGCCAGAGUGAAGCAGGGAGAGACGGUGCUGAUUCAUGCAGGGGCUAGCGGGGUCGGCACGGCAGCCAUUCAGCUGGUGAGACUGGCUCAGGCUGUCCCGAUUAUUACAGCAGGAAGCCCUGAAAAAUUAAAGAUGGCAGACAAACUGGGAGCAGCCGCUGGCUUUAACUACAAAGAGGAGGAUUUCUCAGAGAGAGUUCUUCAGCACACUGAAGGUAGAGGGGUUGAUGUUAUCCUAGAUUGCAUUGGAGGGGCCUGCUGGGAAAGGAAUGUCCGAAGCUUAGCCAUGGAUGGAAGAUGGGUGCUCUACGGCAUGCUGGGAGGAAAGACAGCCGAGGGUGACUUGCUCGGCAAGCUUUUAUUUAAGCGUGGCCAUCUCCUUAGCAGUCUCCUCAGGUCACGAAGUCUGCAGUAUAAAGCAGAAUUGGUCAGGAGUUUCACGGAACAGGUCUUGCCUCACUUUCUGACCUCUGGCGAGUCGCUGCGGCCUGUGAUCGACAGCGUGUUUAACUUAGAGGCAAUUGCUGAGGCUCACAGGCACAUGGAGGCCAACAGAAAUAUUGGAAAAAUAGUCAUUAAAAUGGACUCUCAAUAA